AUGCCGGGGCAGGAAUUUGUCAAUGCCUUUGCAGAGUGGCAAGCUGACGAUUUGAUUCAAAACUGUUUGAAUUGCCAGAUACGAUUUACCUUUCUGGUUCGCAAACAUCAUUGUAGAUGCUGUGGUGGGAUCUUUUGCGCCAACUGCAGUGAUAAAUUUCUUUGGUAUAAGAAACGCAGAGUAAAAGUGGUGAAGCGCAAAGAUGAAAUGGAAGCCAAUGAGAUCCCACCUCAUAGGACUUGCAUUCCAUGUAGUGAGAAUUUGGUGCAAAUGCGGUUGGUUGUUACAAAAUGGGGUGACAGAAGUAGCAUCUCACAGGCAGCAGUCGAUAGGAUCAAUACCAGAUCCCAUCGUAAUCGGGUUGUUAGCGACCUUGGUGCUGAACCUACGAUAAGUGCUCCUAGCUCAUCUUCGGCUUCAUCUAUUCAAGCUAACGAAGUUGCAAAGAUCACAAGCUCAACUGAGGAUCCUCGCGUGGUAGAUCAGGAUGCUUAUAGGUGCCCUAUUUGCAACCUGGAUCUGUUCAAGGUCGCAGAGCCAGAGUCAAUCGAACACAUUCAGCAUUGUAUUUACAAUGCGGAGCUGACACAACAGCACCGUCCAAUGCAUGGCAUUUUGUCUAGUUCCGCCAAGCCGCCACUUCCGCACAACAGAAUGCUAGUUUACACAAUACCACCGGGCAUGAGUGGAUCGGGAUCCCCCAAUUUGGAAAAUAGUGAGUGCCCCAUAUGUUUCGAGGACAUGAAAACGGGCGACAAAGUAGGAAGGUUGGAAUGCUUAUGUGUGUUUCAUUAUGAUUGCAUCAAGAGCUGGUUCAAAAAAAAAUCUCAAAAAGCUACUGCCACAUCUGCGAAGAUAGCUAACAAAAAUUUUUGCCCGCUGCACGAUGCGGUUUUUUGA